AUGAGCAAUCACCCUGCAUCAACAAAACCUCCCCAAAAAACAGCACCAGCACCAUAACAACCUAUUCCCUAUUCUCCUCCAAGAACAUAUGCCCCACCAGUGGCAUUUGCAAGUCCUUCAUAUCUACCAAUCUAACAAUCAUUUGUAGGUGCCCCUGUUUAAUAUGUUCCUCAACCAGUUGCUGUUUAGCCAGUAGCUGUUCAACCAGUUGCUGUAUAACCAGCCCAAUAGGUCAUUAAGGGUGAAAGCAGAAUUGAGUAUAUUCCCUAUGAGAAAUCAGUUAUUGAAUACGAAGAAGUCAGAUAAAAAAUCUAAGUCCCAAGAGAGAAGUAUAUAACAGAAUACUAAGCUGUUGAAUAUUAGACUGACUACAUCCCAUAAGUAUUCUACGAUAAAGUUACAGAGUACGUUCCUGUCGACAGAUUUUAAGACAGAGUAGAAUACUAUCCUGUUGAAAGAUAGGUUGUUCAUCAACCAGUUCAAUAAGUAGUAGCAUAACCAGUUGUUUAAUCUGUGGUUCAAUAAGUUCCUCAAUAUGUUGCUCCAGUUUAGUCAGUUGUUUAACCAGUUUAUUAACAACCUUAAAUUUCAUAUGCUCCUUACGUCUAACCUAAUUUCGCCCCCUCAAGAAUUGCUCCUGUGUCAUAUGCUCCUCCCUUGUCCUACGGUGCUCCAGUGUCACAUCCAAGAAGAUAUUCCCCUCCAGCCAAACCAUAGCCAGCCUAAAAGCCUUAGCCCCAAAAGGAAAAAAAAACAUUUUUAGACAACAUCUUUAGUUGAUAUUUAAAUAAUGUCCAUAACAUAUUAUACUAACCAAAACAAA